GCGGUGGUGCAGCUGAUGGCAGCAACGGGGGCGGGCUUUGAGCGCUUCACGCCCAUCGGCAUCAGACAAGAGCUGUCGCUGCGUGAUACGGUGCAGUCUGUCAUGGUUCCCCUGGCUGACGUGGCAGUGGCCCACCCUGACCAGUCACUGGCCGAGCUGAGGUCAGCCCGGCCAGAUCUGAUGUCCGCUGACGUCAUCCCGGUGAUCAACGGUGCUGAUGAGUGCGUGGGCGUUCUGAGAGUACCAAGCCAUGCCAUGGACCCCACAACCCUCGUCUCGCACCUCAUGCUGCCCCCCCCGCCGUCGCUCUCCUGCCUCUCCACCGUCUCCGAAGCCGCUCUCCUCCUCUCCUCGCGCCGCACUCCCCUGGCGGCAGUGGUGGCGGGCAGUGCACGCAUGCGCUACGGGCUCGCCAAGGAGGCUGUGCAGAGGGGCGCGGGGGAGGAGCGGCGCGUGGUGGGGUUUGUGCGUGCUGAGGCCGUGUUCGAGGGGCAUGGCGGGUGCUGGUGGCACUCUGGGGAGCAGAGGGAGGGUGGGGAUGGUGGGGAGGAUGUGGCUGGUGUGGAGGGUGGUGAUGCGCCUCUUGGUGAAGCCCUCGCCCUGCUCUCUGCGCCAUUUCUCGCGGCCCUUGCAUCCCCCCUCGCACCCUGCCCGCCCACACGACUGCGCCUCGCCCCCCCAACGGCCACAGCAGCCACGCUCUCUGCUUUUACCGCCUCGCAAGAGACCAAGCAGGAAGGCUCUUCUUCCCCUGGCUCUGCGGUUGCCGCUGCUGCUUGCACCACCACAGAUAAUCACAGCAGUGCUAAUGCUGCUGCUGCUGCUGUUGAAACUGGAACCAUCAACACGACAAGCACCACCACCACCCCUGCCGCUUCUGCUACAGCCACCCCAUCCACCCGCCCAUCCCCACCGCGAAGGACCGCAUCCCUUCCCUUAGCCGCCACAUCCCCCAACCUAGCGUCCAUGUGGCAGCGCGUGAUUGGCUCCACGUCAGAGUGGGUUCCCCGGCCAGUGGAAGGACAGUUACGGCUGCAAGUGGGGCCGCCCGCGCCCCUCUUCACCCAGUCUGAAGCCCAAACCCACGCUGACAACCCCCAGAGCUCUUUGGGGGGCGAUCACAGCCCCUCUGAUUCAUCCUUCAGCGCGCAGGACUGGCAGCAGCAGGGGCCGCGGCGGGGGGAGACGGGCAUGGGGGUGCUGCUGUCGCCGGGGAGCCCGUGGGGGCGGCUGGUGAGGGAGUGGCGGUGGGCGCGCGUGCAGUACCUGUGGGACGUGCUGCUGGAACGGCACCCUAUUGUGUACAUCAUGCUGCUCAUGACCAUGUGCACCACACUUGUAUUCCUCGGCGGCUUCCUCUUCCACACCUUCCGGCGGCACAAGAGUCUGGGGGAGGACAUGUGGGACGCGUGGUCCGCCCUCGUGUCGUCCAGCUCGCACCUCAAGGAGAGCACGCAGGAGGGGAGGGUGAUAGGCAUCAUGCUCACGCUGGGAGGGCUCUUCUUCUACUCGCUGCUCACCUCCACCAUGACCGCGCAAUUCAAGCUGCGUAUGGAGUGGCUCAGGGAAGGCGCGCACUCACAGGUGAUGGAGCGGGACCACAUAGUGAUUGGCGGCAUCAACAACCGCCUCGCCACGCUGCUGCGCCAGCUCAGCAAGAGCCAGCACUUUGCCGUGCAGGACGGCUCUGCAGUGACCAGGAAGCGCACGGUGCUGCUGCUGACAGAGUUACCGCGCAAGGAGACGGAGAAGAUAGUGUCGCCUUACCUCAAGGACUGCCAGCACAUCAACCUCUUCAUCCGCAGCGGCCCGCUCAGCAGCACUGCAUCGUUCAAAAAGGUGGCGGCAGACAGGGCGCGCUCAGUCAUUCUCCUGGCGCCCAAGGACGACUACUACGAAGCCGAUGCAGACGUGGUGAUGUCAGUCAUCGCCCUCAAGCCCCUCCUAAGAGGCUCAAACACAGGAGUGGUGACGGAGGUGUCAAAGGGCAGCACGGGGUUGCUGCUGCGGGGCAUGGCGGAGGUGCGCGUGAGCGCCGUGGAGAAUCUCUCUGCCAAGCUCUUCGUGCAGUGCUCUAGGCAACCGGGGCUCGUGGACGUGUACUGCAAGCUGCUGGACCACACGGACGAGGUGAUCAACGUGAGGAGCUUCCCCUCACUUGCCGGCCUGCCCUAUGGCCUUGUGCGAAGGGGCUUCCCGGAGGCAGUGUGCUGUGGCAUAGUGAGGGACGGCAAGGUGCAGUUCCACCCCAAGGACUCUGAGCCGGUGCAGCGCACCGAUAAGGCAGGCGUAGGAGAGCAGCUGAGGGGAGGGGGGCACCGUUCUCACUCUCCCUCUGCCUCCGCCCUUCCCCUCCACAUCCCACCAGGUGAUGCUGAUAGCGCUGAAGCACACGCACGCACCGCCACUCCCCUCCAGCACUCAUGCUGCAGGCAGGACAUCACAGAUCGGGCAGAAGCAGGAGAGCAACUGGGUGGGAGUAGAUUUCCUCCGUCCCUCUCUAGCGAAUUCUCAUUCUUGCUCCUCCUUCUCUGGUCUCCGCCUCCCUUCCCCUCCACAUCCCACCACCAGUUGAUGCUGAUAGCUCUGAAGCACACGCACCGCCACCCCCCACCAGCACUCAUGAUGCAAGCAGCGCAGAUCAGGCAGAAGCAAGAGAGCAGCCGAGGGGGGCGGGAGGGGCGCGGGGGUGGUUCGAGUGAGGGGAUGGUGCGGGUGCACAGGGACUCGGCGCUAAAGACAAGAGAUGCCGGCCAGUUCAAGCCCAACGAGCCGGCUGCACGAGCGGAGCGCAUGGUGAUGCUUGGAUGGAGGACGGGUGUCCCGGACAUGAUCCGCGAGUUUGACGACUAUGUGGGGCCGGGCAGCGAGUUGGUCAUUCUGGCGGAGGAGAGCCUGGAGGAGCGCGAGAGGCAGCUCGCCAGGAUGCUGCGCACACCCCUCAGGAACCUCACGGUGGUGCACAAGGUGGGCAAUCCCAUGAGUCGCACAGAUCUGACAGAUGCCAUUCUGGACCCCGGCAGUGUGUUCCACCCCUUUGUGUCCGCCGGGGGAGACAUGUUCUUUGACAACGUGCCCUUCUCCAUUAUUGUCGUCUCCGACCGCUCCUGGCACCACGGAGAGCGCACCAAGCCAGACAAGCAGUCGCUGUACUCGCUGCUACUAGCAGAGUCGGUGUGCCGUGCCAACAAGAUCAAGGUGCAGUCUUUGAACGCGGAGCUGGAGGACAACCGGCUUGGACGGGAGGUGGUGGGCAGCCAUCCAUCGCUCACCUACAUCGGCACGUCUGACCUCAUGGGGCUAGUUACCUCACAAGUUACGGAGCAUGCGGAGCUGAACGCCAUCUGGACGGAGCUGCUCAACUCAUGGGGAGAUGAAAUCUAUGUCAAGGACGCGUCCCUGUAUGUGAGUCCUGGGGAGACCCCAACGUUCAACGAGCUGGCAGAGAGGGCAGUGCAGCGGGGAGAGGUGGCCAUCGGGUACCGGUGCGGCGACACCACAAUCAUCAACCCGUGCCCCAAGGACGUUCCGCUCGAGUUCGGCCCAGAAGACAGCCUCGUGCUCAUUUCUGAAUACGGCUAA